AUGGAUCAUUAUCGUAUUAUAUUUAAAUAUGAUUUAAUAAAAGAUGAUGUAGCUAUACAAUUAACUUUUAAUAGUGCAUUAAGUGAGGAUCGAAAAGAUUUGAUUAAAUGGCAUACAGAAGAUAUUAAACAACAAGGUGAACAAAAUUUAUCAGUCGAUUAUUUAUAUAAGAAAAAGAUACAAAACAAAUUAAUUGAAAUAAAUUUAUCAAUAAAGAACUUAUUCUUUUUUCCAAAUCAAGUACUGAACAAGCAAUUCCAAGAUGAUCUCAAACCCGGUCAACGUAAAAUAAUGUUUGCUUGUUUUACAAAAAAAUUAAUAAGUAAAAUAAAAGUUGCACAAUUAGCUGAUAAAGUUACUGAAAAUUCAGUUUAUCAUCAUGAUGAAUUAUGA